GUGGACAGGAGCAGGACAGUGCAGUCUCUUUCUCAGUUCAUUUCUCGCUUCCUCAAGAUGGAUGCUAAUGAACAACUGUUCAUCUACGUUAACCAGUCGUUUGCGCCAUCACCGGACCAAGAAGUGGGCAUUCUCUUUGAUAGGUGAAGGUAGCCGGAGGAACUUCCCGGUGGAAGGGUUCACCAUAGGAGGAGCGAGGGGGCAAGUACCGUAGCAGAUGGAUUUAGAGGGAUUACAUGAAUCAGGGUGAGUUUGUGACAUAAAUUCCUAAGAAAGACAGUCGAGUGGCGUGGAGACGAGAAGCCCGACCGCAUCUUUUACUAUUGGCCUUGAGGAUUAACGAGGCGGCCGUGGAAGGCUUGACUGCAGCUGCAGAGGUGAGGGUCACCGAUGCUCAUCCUGGAGGAAGGAACGCUACAUAAUGAGCGAAAGACACCAUCGCGUUGCGGGGAAUUUCGUUCAAGAUGGAUGAACGUUAUUUUUGACUUGAAUGCUCUCCAUUCAGAAAGAUGAGCAAGGACUCAAUGGCCGGUCCACUCCAAGCAGUGAACACUGGAUGACAUUUUGUUUACCUCGAGUUUAACCUCAACUGCCGGAUAAGGCUCAGGCGCAGUGGCCCAUCUUCUUCCUGGCAGAUUUGACAAAGGCCCCGGGUUAGGUAACCGCAGAACUCAAAGCAAGCUUUCCAGGCUCCUGCAGUCCUCUGCUUAUGUGACCCUCGGAAAUCUCCUCUUGUCCAUUUUUACCUCCAUCUGUUUGCCUGCACAUGCAUCAACUUGAGAGCAUCUUCCUCUCCUGCCUCCCCCUUUUAAUCACUUUCCCGCGGUUACGUCACAUUCAUCUUUGCUACACGGUUUAUUAAACCUGGCAGCUCAUCACCUCCCGACCCGCCUCCCCUCCGGAAGCAUCUGUUCUUCCAUCCCUCUUUUCCCCCGUACCCGCCACGCUGCGUGCGGCAUUCGUCUCCCGCCCUGCCCCGGUGCCUUUGGCCCCCCUGCCACCGCUUCGGCCAUGUCGGAGCGCAUGUCGCGUCGCUCUCGCUCCCUGCUCUCCCUGACCUUGACCUCUCUGGCCCUGGCGCUCUCCAUCCUGGCCCUGUGCACCUCGUACUGGUGCGAGGGCACCCACAAGGUGGUCAAGCCCCUCUGCCUGUCGCCCGUCAAGAUGAAGAACUGCGGGCAGAACAACAGCGAGCCUUACACCACAGAGAGCCCGACCCAAAACCCUUUCAACCGUACGCUGUCUCCAGCCAGACGCGAGGAGUUGGCUAAAAUCCGCCAAAGGCAGCUGGCCAACGCCGUUCACUACAUCUGGGAGACUGGCGAGGACAAGUUCGCCUUCAGAUACUUCCACACCGGCUUUUGGGAAAGCUGCGAGAAACACAGUGAUGGGGAGAAAUGCCGGAGCUUUAUUGAAUUGACGCCAGGGGAGACGCAAGGUGUACUGUGGCUGUCAGUCAUAUCGGAGUUCACGUACAUCGGCCUGCUCGGGAUGGGCUUCUUGCUAAUGUGGCUGGAAGUGUUGUGCUCUCACAAGGAAAUGCACUCGCUAAAAAUCAGUGCCUAUGCUGCCAUGUGCACUGUGCUGUCAGGUCUUCUCGGGAUGGUGGCCCACAUGAUGUACACGACCGUCUUCCAGAUGACAGUCAUUGUGGGCCCCAAAGACUGGAGGCCUCAGUCCUGGGACUAUGGCUGGUCUUUUGCUCUCGCCUGGGUGUCCUUCAGCUGCUGCAUGGGCGCCGCCGUAGUGACGCUCAACUCCUACACCAAAACGAUCAUCGAGCUGCGCCGCAAACAGAGGCUUCGCCUGGAGGAGGCGAGGGCUGCCGCCCGGGCACCCUGCUAUGAGGAGGUGGUUUCUGGGCCCGGCGGCGCAGGCUCCGGGGGUUUCUACUCCGUCAGCGGCCUGCUGCAGUGUCCCGAAGGCAUGAUCGACGUGGCGUGGGCCCCCAACGGCAGCGUGGUGGGCGUGGGCAACGGGGAUGUGCCUACACUGGUUUUAGUGGGAGGCUGCGGACCUGAGGGUUGUGAAGACUGCGAGAGGGAGAUGGAUGAGAUGGAGGGGCCUGUGGACAAAGUGGACUCCCCUUGCUGAAAGACAGCACCCCCAGACCUCGAAGAUUUUAAAAACUCAAGUUGGAGACUCACGGAGAAGGUGAAAGAAACUUUUGGUUGAACUCAAUACAUAUCAAGUCUGACCAUAGCUAAUACAGGCCAUAGUGGAACGCCGGGUUUCAUGUUCUCUGAGGAUUUUCUCAGUGCCUCGUGGAAGGAACGUGUGUAUGUAAACAUAAUCUACAUUCACCAGACAUUUCAUUAGGUGCACCCACGCAAUCUAACGAAAUCCAAUAACAAGUUACCUCAAAGCACUUUACACAUGUAGCAGGCCAUGAAUCACACUCCUCAUUCAUCCAAGGGAGGGACGAUGGAACAAUGGGCACAACGGCUGCAUCGACAACAGUAGUAGUCAAUGAUAUUGGUCUGCUCCCAACACCGCGGUCUCCGCGGGUAAAAACUGUGACGUAAAUUCCAUCUUUACAACGCCAAAAAUGCUCUUUUUCUGAGACAUAUUCAUUUAACAGUGUUUCACAGUACAGCAUUGCAGUGGUUGUAGUUGAAUACCUUUCAAAUAUUGUAAGGCUUUACAGGGGGAUUAUAAUAAAUUGGUAUGUCGCGAAGAACUUCAUUGAUUUCACUGGUUUAAUUCAUAAAGUGAUCAAAACUUAGAGGUCACAAAAACACAGAUGCACCAUCUCCAGAAAUUAGAUUGUAUACAGUGGUGCCUUGAGCUAUGACUGACUCGAGUGACGAGUUUUUCGGGAUACAGGUCGUCAUCAGGCAAUUUUUUUGCGUUGACUAGUGAGCAAAACCUUGAGGUACGAACACUUUAUGGUAACAAUAAACUCAACUGACUUCACACAAAAGCAACAGUUUGGCAGAACAAUUCCUCAAAAACGAAGAUUCAACCUGUUUAAUGCCACUCGCAUUUUAAGUC